UGUGGAUCAGCUGGGACAAUAACAACAAUAACAGCCGAUAACGGGGUCCGAGCGCCGCUUUGAGACCUGGACCCUGAUCCUGGGGGACCCUCUGACGGAUCCACGGCUCCUCUUUCAACCGAUAAGCUUCUAUUUCACCUUUUAUUUCCUUUUAUUUCCAGUUUCUGACUCUCCUUCCUGCGUGUUCAACACAACGAGGAGGCUAAUAACUCAGCUAACAUGCUAAUCUGCGCUAUAAUUUCACAUUUUCACCUUUAUAGUCCGUUUAAUUAACUCUCGUUUUACCAAACGGACUAUCUAAAAUGCUCCAGAGUUACUAGGGUGGUGUAUUUAAUCUUGUAGAUGUUUUUAUAUUUCGAUAGCUGACUUCUGAAAGGCUGCUUAAAGUUUUAAUAGCCAUUAAAGUCAGCUCUGUGAGUAGAAAUAAUCCUGUUUUAAAGCCUUAAACUGCUGGUUUAUCGGCUUGUUUGUUAACUUAAGUCCGCGUUUUAUUGUCAGGACUGAAGCUAGCUGGUUAGCAGGCUGGUAGCUGUGUUAGUAGCUGUGUUGGUGUCAGUGUUUCAGGCCUCUCGGCUCUAUUGUAGCUGUCAGGACAGAUGAAAACAAAAGAUCAGCUCACUAACUGACCUCCAGGGUUUCUGCAGCUGCCUCGGCUGGUUUUCGACCUUUUUUCACGGUGUCAUAUUAGCAGCAGAGCCUCCAAGAGUCGAAGAGCUGGCAUGAAUUUAGCAAUUUUAUUUUAUUUGCCAAAUUUCCUGUUUGGCAGAACAUCCUGUCUUCUUGUGUCACCAGCAGCCUGAAAAACUGCUUUUCAACACAACAAUCAGCUUCUAUGUUGUGUUUUUUUUUUUUUUUAGUUCGGUUUUAUAAGCAGUAAGAUAGAAGAAAGGGGAACUUUUUAAAGAAAUGUUGAAGCUAUUUGUCAAGCAAACUUCCACAAGGCUUUAGAGCUGCAACAAUAAUCGAUUAUUGAGUUAAUCGUCAACUAUUUUGAUCAUCGAAUAAUUGGUGUGAGCAGUUUUUUUUAAAGACAAUAAAUCCAAAUUCUCAGAUUUCAGCUUAUUCAAUGUGAAUAUUUCUGGGUUUCUUUGUUCCUUUAUGACAAAAAACUGAAUAUCUCUUCAAAACAAGAGAUUUUAGGACGUCAUUUUGUGUUUUUGGGAAACACUCAUUGAUAUUUUUCAACAUUUUAUUGACCAAAACAACUAAUCGAUUAAUCGUUUAAAGCAUUGAUAAUGAUAAUAAUGGUUGUCUGCAGCCCUACAAGGCUAGAAAAUCCAUCUGCGUGUUGAAACUCAAAACCUGCAGCAUCUUUCUGGUCUGUGGCCCCUUCAAGUCGAGUUAAAGGGGGACCUCGGAGACUCUCUGCCAUGUCAGAGACCCUGAUCACGGGACAGACUUCGGAGGAUCUGUUGGCAGACUUUGAGACCCUGUUGAACUCUGGGAGUAUUGAUCUGGGCCAGGACCACCAGAUAGUGAUUAUCACCAGCCCCAGCAAUGAGGGGCUCCACCCGGCCUCCGCCCCCUCCAGCACCGGGGAGAUCCUGCUGUUCGCCACGCCGCAGGGCCCCGUGGACGUGGGGGGCCCGGACAAGAGACGCCCGGCGCUGGGGAGACCCCCGGUGAAGAGGAAGUUGGACCUGGACAGCGACCAUCAGUACGUCAGCACCACCAGACCCUCCAUCGGCCCCGCCCCGCCCUCCACCCCCGCCCCGCCCAGAGUCCCUCGGACCACGACGGAGAAGUCCCGCUACGACACGUCCCUGAACCUGACCACCAAGCGCUUCCUCAACCUGCUGUCCCAGUCGGCGGACGGCGUGGUGGACCUGAACUGGGCCUCGCAGGUCCUGGACGUCCAGAAGAGACGCAUCUAUGACAUCACCAACGUCCUGGAGGGAAUCCAGCUCAUCUCCAAGAAGUCCAAGAACAACAUCCAGUGGCUUGGUAACCGAGUGGACCCAGCUCAGGUUUCCCGCCAUAAGGAGCUGCAGAGGGAGGUGUGUGACCUGACAGAAGCUGAGGAGCAGCUGGACGAACUCAUCUCCAAAUGUAACCUGCAGCUCCGACUGCUGACAGAGGAGCCGCACAACAAGAAGCUGGGCUAUGUUCGCUGUCAGGACUUGAGGAACUCUUUUGACUCUCCGGACCAGCUGGUGAUGGUGAUCAGAGCUCCUCCAGAGACGCAGAUGCAAGUUUCAGAACCCAGCAAAGGUUACCAGGUGUCCCUGAAGAGCACGCGGGGUCCCAUCGACGUCUUCCUCUGUCCAGAAGACAGCUCGGGCAUCUGCAGCCCCGUCACAGGAAGCAGUCCCUCCAAACCCACCACAGACCCCUCCCUGGCCCCGCCCCCAACACAACCCACCGACCAAUCACAAGCCAGAGCUUCAACCGCCGCUCAGGAUGAAGGUUUAUCAUCAUCAUCACCAGCAUCGACGUCCUCCACGGUGACGGCGGCGUCCCAGCAGGACGCCUCGGCUCUGCUGGGAGCAGACACAGAAUCUCUCCUGGGAGGAGGAGACCCGUUCUCCGGCCUCGGAGACAUGCCCGACUUUGACCUUUCACCCCUGUCGUCCUCUGACUUCCUGAGCGGAGACGGCCUGUCCCUCCCGUUGGACGGCUUCAUCAACCUGUCCCCGCCCAGUAGCCAUGACUACCACUUCGGCCUGGAGGACCAUGAAGGCAUCAGCGAACUCUUUGACUGUGACUUUGGGGACCUCUCACACGUUCUGGGCAACAGUUAAACUUCUCGAUUAUUCAGGACUUCUCCUUCUGGAAGACGGAUGGAAAACAACAUUUAAUGGACGAAUGGAUCCCAAGCGUAAUAUUCUAAUUGUGUGGUGUCGGAAACUGUUUGGUGUAUUUAGUAAUUAGCUGUAAACCGCCCGGCGACAACAUCUCAGUCCCCCAAAAUUGUACAGAAAGAUAUUAGCACUUCUCUUCUUCGGCCAUUCAAAUUUUAGAGCAAGACUUUAGCUUUAGUAUAGCUAUUUAAAUUAUUUAUAUGGAUGUUGAUAUGAUAUUUUGUACCUAGUGCGGAUUUUGCUGUUAUUGAUAAUGUUAUUAGUGGAUUGUGCAGGUUUGUGUGUGUGGAGUUCUGGACUCAGACGGCUGGUUUCCUUCACACUGAUUCACCUUUUAGACUCAUCAAAGCGUCUAUUAUUAUUAUUAUUAUUAUUAUUAUUAUAAGCACAACAGUACAGGCUUCUCCCUUAAUAAUUAAUUGAAUCUAGAACACUGGAAUCCUGAACAGUAAAGGAAUAAUUGCCCCAAAACAUAAAGGGAUAGUUCAGAUUUUUAGUUUUUUUUACCCUCUGGGCACCACUCAGAUUUACUCCCCUUUUAGACCCUUUGCGAUAAAAACUUUACAGAUAAAUUAAAAAAAAAAAACAAUUGUUAAUCUUUGACAUAUCCAAGGCUGUGAUUAAAACCAGUGCCCCAGCCAAAAAUAGUUUAUUAUAUGGAAAAUAACUCAAUUUUUUUGUGUGUUUUUUCUUUGAAAAACAGUGACAUCGUGCAAUCAACGUGGCAUUUAAAUGGUUAAAAUCCUCAAUUGAAAUUAUGAGAUUAAAACAUUUAAAUUAUGAGAUUAAAAAAUCAUAAUUUUGGAUUAAAAAAUUCAAAUUAUGAGAUUA